AUGCCCCUGACACUGGGUUGUGUUUCCGACAGUACAGGUUUGGAUGCUAGCACAAGUGGCCACGGGCUGUUUGCUUUGAGUUUCGGUUUAUGUUAUGCUUGUGGUUUCUGUGUCUUUGUUUUCAGAAGCCUGUCACGUUCAGACGUGUCGAGGCAGAUCGGGACUUCAGGGAAUAGAAUCAGAGGAAGAGUGGAAAGUCAAGUGGCCGUUCGGCAGAGCCUGAUCUGGGAGGAUGAAGGAGGAAUGUGGGCGGAUUGUGUCAGCUGCCUUGAAGUCUGCUCAACGAGUUUUAGGCUUCACUUCCUGCUCCGUGCCUUCUGUCAUCACCUGUCAGGUAGGAUAGGUGUUGCACUGAGUGCUAAGAGAGCACACACACUGAGGUUAUUCCUCAGACGGAGCUUGGUUGCACUAUUGAGUUUGAAAUCGGGACUGAUGAAUCUGUACAGGAGUUUCGGGUGUUUGCUGGAGACCUGGGUGGCUGAGGGUUACCCGGUUGAAUGCUCAAGAUCAGCAGAGGCUUUUGAAAAAAAACUGGACCAGAAUGGCAGCGACUCAGCAUCUGCAGACUCUUUAAGGCUCACAGGAGCUGCUGUCAGGUCUGAAUCAGAGGACUCUGGAGUGGAGUUGCCAUCUGUGGUCAGCCCUUUGACCGCUCAGCAUCGUGUCCUAACUUCACAGGCUUCGCAGCUAGGAGAGAAUGAUUUACGUCCCACAUCUUCCUCACCAGCUCUUUCUCAGUGCUCAUCAUCCUCCUCAUGUUUCUCACCACGGGAAAGUUUUAAAGUGCUUAAAGGAGGUACAAAACCUUCAGAGACAACCGGGCUGAGGGUGGAGGAGGCACUGCAGAGAACAGAGCCAGCCUGGAGAAGAAGCGUGGAUGGUAGAAUUCGACGUCGUAACACGACUUCCAUAUCCAGCAGUCCUUCCACACCCUCGAUUCGCUCCAGAGUUGGAAGCGUAGGUCCAGGAAGGCCUUACAUACAGCCGGCUGAUGAGCAGAGAUCGUCAGAAACUCCUAGAGUAACGCACACACCGCAGCAGCCUGCUAUCAAUACGAGAGACCUUCAAGAGGCUGCAUGUGCCACUGGACCUGACUGGGAUCAUCUGCCUCCUGGGUUUCUGUACCUAGAGCAAAUGUGCCGCAUGUUAGAGGAGAUCGCCAGGCUCCAGAGGGAGAACCAGAAGCUGCAGCGGGUGAUAAUGAACAGCCGUGACGAGAUGGAAGAGACGGAGAUUAAGGCUGCCUGCACGCAGAACACACAUAUCGACUCCACAGACGGUGAGAAGCUUGACUUCAUUGACGUCGAAGCUCAACCAGGACUUUCCUCUGAGCCGUUCCGUCGAAGGAGCGUGUCCGAUACGUGGACUUUUAUCAAACAGCGAAAUAAAUCUAAAGCCCCUCGAGCUGAGCACUUCCCAUCUACAGAUAUUUUACUGGAAGAGCCUGAAACCCCACAGUCGCCGGUUGAAAUGGAGCAGCGGAAGGCGAGUAACAGCCUGAAAGUGAAGAUUAGCUCACUCAGAUGGAAUGAAAAGUCAAAAGCAGCCAAGGGCAGCAGCAGCUCACAAAAUGAGAAAAAGAGGACAUUUGGACAAUUUUUCAAGAACAGAAGAAAGACCACACGAUUCUGACCUGGACUCGAAUUGUAUUAAUAAUACAAAUAAACGGACACAAUGCAAUGUGGAAAUUCUUCACACCUUCCAUCAACCUGCCAUUUGUAUACGGAUAUUUAUAUACGAAACUCAAAUGAUCAAAGAUUCAUGUUGCCUAAAUCUAGCAUUACAUCUGGAAUACCCCUCCUUUUCAUUUUCAUCAGGCUAUAUAUGUGAUUUUGAACACUCAUUGAAAGAUAGAAGUGCAAAACCAUGAAACCAUAAUGGAUGGAGAUUAUGAGCAUAUUUAUGACAUUUCCAGCUAAUGCUAGCUUCACUAUAAUUUAAUUUAAAUCAAGAAAGCCAGGCAUGGAUGUUAAAGGUGUGAAUGGGUGUUAAAGAGUUGGUGCACAUCCAAAAAGUGUUUCAGGAUAGAGUUCAGAGGUUUUUGGGUAAGGUGCAGAGCCUGAGUGGGUCGGGGAUGACUCAGGCUUGUACUGCACAUUAACCUGUUUAUUCCAGAAUUACAUUCAUAAAAACCUAAAUAAUUAAGUCUUAUUAAAGAUUGCCAGUAUUUAAUAGAUAUUAUAAAUGCAUGUUAGAUGCAUUAAGGUUAAGCACUUACGGUGUCUUAGGCAUUUACUGUACACUGGUGUACACUGUUACUAAGGAGUAUGAUUUUAAUUAUUAAAAAAUACUCUUUAACCUUAAAAAAAAAACUCAGGUAGGUCAAAGAAGCACUCUGAAAUUUCUCAGGAUUUGAGGACAUUGGAUAUUUUGCCAUGUGUAUUGGUAUUUUGUUAUAUUUUUAUCUUUUGUAUUGUGUGCUGCUAAAUUAUUACGAACAGAAGAGGUGUCUAUCUCUGUCUCUUGCUUCGUCUUGUAAUUUGUGUAAUGUGGAAUGUACAGAUGUACAGUAUAAUGCUGUUAUGCUUGUAUAUACUCAUGUUUAUAGAACAUGAUCAUUUUGUCUGAGAA